AUGAGCAAUAAUUUCCACAGGGCGUUCCGGCAACCAGAAUGGAAAAAACCGGAACACGUAAUUAGUCCUUUAAACUGUGCAAGGAGAGGUUGGAUCAACGCUGAAAUGGAUAUCAUAGUCUGUGAGGCAUGUGGAGCACGACUUCUCUUUUCUUCUCCAGCUUCAUGGACUCUUCAGCAAGUUGAACAGGCUGCUGCAGUAUUUAGCUUAAAACUGGAUAAUGGACAUAAGCUUCUUGUGUCCAUAGGAUUGAUAAUGCAUUGCGAUGAAUCAUUGGCAUCUUUUCCUCCUUCACCUCCUCCAGUAUUGGUAGAGGGAUUCAAAGAACGUUAUCAUGCUAUUUUACGGCUAACAACACUUCCUGUUAUUUCAUUUACUCUUGAUAGCAUGAACAAUCCCCAAUUUAACUAUUUUCCCUUCUUCCCCUUUACUUGGUCGAACCUACCAGAUCCCUUUCCCCUCUCAGUCUCUACUUUCUCUCUUAGACAAUCAUGCAUGUCCGACCCGGAUUUUGAUCAUGAGUUCGUAAAGGAUUCUCUGGACCGGACCGACAUUCUCCGAUCUCCAUUCUUCGAUUUCAAUUUGGACGUCGACGACUCCGUGGAAAGCUACAUUGAACGCAUCAUCUUCACGUUGGCCCUGUCAAUUGAGGAACACCUCCCAAAUGGAUCGUGA